AUGGCCGCUCAAAAGUUUCUCCUCGCCGCUGCCAUUACGUCUUCGGCGCUGGCCGUUCCCGUUCUUGAAGAUCGUCAGAGCUGUGGUGCCGUAUACGCACAAUGCGGUGGUACAGGAUGGACAGGGGCGACAUGCUGCGCCAGCGGAAGCGUGUGUAGCUACGAGAAUGACUACUACUCGCAGUGUCUCCCGGGUACAGCUACCACCACCACGGCAGCAACUUCGGCCUCGAGCUCAUCAAGCGUCAGCUCGGCGUCGACGGUCUCGUCCACGAGCACGACCAAGGCGACAACUACCACUGCCUCCUCGAAGACUACGACAGCAGUGGUGGGCACUGGCACCGGCACCGCCUCCUACUCGGGCAACCCCUUCACCGACGUACAGCUCUGGGCUAAUGCUUACUACGCAUCUGAGAUCUCUGCUUCGGCCAUUCCCAGCUUGACUGGAACACAGGCGACGCAGGCAUCUGCUGUGGCAAAGGUGCCAACUUUCCAGUGGCUGGACCAAGCUGCCAAGGUCGAUACCCUCAUGGUCGAGACGCUCGAUGACAUCCGGGCUGCCAACGAGGCCGGCGCCGACCCUCCAUAUGCUGGUCUCUUUGUGGUAUACGAUCUUCCUGACCGUGACUGUGCUGCUGCGGCCUCAAACGGCGAGUACACUAUUGCCGACAAUGGUGUUGAGUAUUACUACGAAUACAUCGACAGCAUCAAGGCCGUCAUCGAGGAGUACGCGGACAUCCGCACCAUCCUCGUCAUCGAGCCCGACUCGCUGGCCAACAUGGUGACCAACCUCGCCGUGGCCGAGUGCGCCGCGGCCCAGAGCGCCUACUAUGAGUGCAUCAACUAUGCUCUCAUCCAGCUCAACCUGCCCAAUGUGGCCAUGUACAUUGAUGCUGGUCAUGCCGGCUGGCUUGGCUGGAGUGCAAACAUCGGCCCUGCUGCUGAGCUCUUUGGCCAGGUUUAUGCCAACGCGUCCCAGGCUGCGGCCAUCCGUGGGCUCGCCACCAACGUGGCCAACUACAACGGGUGGAACUUGGCAUCUGCCCCUUCGUACACCUCGGGCGACUCCAACUACGACGAGUACCUCUACGUAACCGCCCUCUCCCCACUCCUCCAAGAACAAGGCUUCGACGCGUACUUCAUCACCGAACAGUCCCGCUCGGGCGUCCAGCCGACAGAGCAGGAGGCCUGGGGUGACUGGUGCAACGUGAUCGGCACGGGAUUCGGCACGCGGCCCACAACGGACACGGGGCUCGACAUCGAGGACGCCUUCGUGUGGGUGAAGCCUGGUGGCGAGAGCGACGGCACCAGCAACACCAGCUCGCCGCGCUAUGACUACCACUGCGGGUACUCGGAUGCGCUGCAGCCGGCGCCUGAGGCCGGAACUUGGUUCGAGGCGUACUUUGUGCAGCUGCUGACGAACGCGAACCCGGCUUUCUGA